GCACAUCACUAUAAAUAUUAACCUUAAGUUUACAAACUUCAGAGAACCAUAACAAGUCAGUCAAAUCAUUAAACACCUUAAGUUAUUCUUCACAAGUACCAGUUUUCAGUCAUAAUUAGAAGAUCUAGUGAUGGGUAUUAUUCGUUUGCCAUCAAUUAUUUCAAGUGUGAAGCAAUUUCACAAACUACACUCUGUUCUUAUGAGGAAUCAAAUUUCAAAUGAUGUACCGAAAGGACAUUUUGCGGUUUACGUAGGAGAAACAGAGAAGAAGAAGAAACGAUACGUUGUUCCAAUAGCAUACUUAAAUCAAACUUCGUUCCAGGAAUUGCUUCAGAAAGCAGAGGAAGAGUUUGGAUAUCAACAUUCAAUGGGCGGUCUCACAAUACCUUGCAAUGAGGACGCAUUUUUUCAUGUCACUUCUCGAUUGAACACUUGUUCAUGAUACGAACAAGUGUUCUUUCUUUUAUUUUGAUUUGAUUUGUUUUUCCUCUUGUCAUGCAAGAGCUGUAAAUUGAAUAUCUUCAAAGUUUUCCUCUGGUGAAUAUUGUUCAGAGGAUUGGAAAAGCAAAUAUACAAUCAAUUUUUUAUUUUUUUUAACAUUCUUCAUUGUCCUCGAACCUUAAACCUCAAUAAAUUGAAAUCUUAGAGCAGCCAGUGAGUUCAACUAGCAACCACUCCCGUUUCAUUAUCAUUGUCAAGAAGGAAUACUUAGUACAACUUGGAUUGUGGUGUAAUGAUAAGAUUGUUUUAAUUAACCAGAGAUUUCAGGUUCAAGCUUCGAGUAUGAAAAAGACAUUGUUUGUAGCGCCAAUGAACCUUGUUUGGGAUUUCAUGUAGUGCAUUGGAUUCAAACACUAUUUCAUAUACUUGUAAAUAUUAUUAGACGAUUUAACAUGAUAUAAAA